AGACCUACAGCCAGAAGAGCAUACAAGCAAAUCAACUCCAUGACAGGACAAAAUCAUUCACAUCCCCUCUUGGAAAAGUGAUUAUUUCAGACGCGGAUUGUGAUUCUGAAACAUUUUCAAGACAUUGUGAGUCUGAAGUGAAAGUUCAAGAUCUCAAAAGCCCCCCAAAAAGGAUUGUAAUUUCUUUCUCUUGCUUUUUUUCGUCCUCCUCUUGAAAGGGGGAGGCAAAGCCGUGGCGUCUGCAGGAAUGAAGUACAGCUACCAGUACCCGGUGUCGCAGUACACACGCUCGCAUUACACCACCAGCACACAAUACACACCGUCACACUACUCCAGCAGCUCGUACUCGCCUAGUUACUACAGUUCCUCAAAGUACAGCCCUACUACACUGCACACAGGAAAAUACUACACACCGCCUGCUUACACUCCUGCCUACAAGCCCACAUACACCUCCGUCUGUAGCAAAGCAUCCCGCCCGAGCAGCUCACCCCGGACUGGAGUACAGAUUACUCCUACUGUGACCCUAAAACCCGCCCGGGCCGUACGCUUCACAAACGAUGUGGUUUUCCAGGAUUUAGUCCGGCACGGUGAGCUGGAGCAGAUCGGGAGGUUUAUGAGGGCCAGGAAAGUACGUCUGGACACCAUCUUCCACUCUGGAAUGGCAGCGCUGCAUGAAGCCGUGCUCUCGGGAAGCCUGGAGUGUGUGAAACUCCUGAUAAAAUACGGCGCCGAUGUUCAUCAGAGAGACGAAAACGGCUGGACACCACUGCAUAUGGCCUGCAGCGAUGGAUACCCAGAGAUUGCAAAAUAUCUGCUGUCUCUGGGUGCCAGUGUGGAAGCAGAAAAUGAAAACGGUGAAAAACCAGCAGACCUCAUCGACCCGGACUGCAAAGAGCUGCUCAAACUCUUUGAAACCGGCUGUGUCUGAGCACCGACUCGCACAAAAAGAGGACAAAGCAAGCUUUCAAAGACCUUCCCAUCUUCUCAUUUAGUGUGGUUAAACUCUCUCUCCUGAAUAUUCUUUAUUUUCUCUUGUUUUUUUAUUUUUCGCCUGCUCUACGUGACUUUAUUAUUAUACAGUGCAGAGGAUCAACAUAUUAUAUACGCAUAUCUGUUUGCCUUUAACAUCUAUGAGAAAACACGGUUUAUAUCUGUAAACUAAUAGUAAGUGAAACGUGAGGAGAACUAACCGAUGGGACUUUGAGGGAUUGAAUGAUGAAGUGUAAGUGGACUCAGAAGGUUUGGGAGGAGGAGAAGAAACAGUUAAAAUGAUUACAGACUAAAUGAAAGUUAUAUUUAGAUAAAAGACAAGCAUUUCUCUCUGUACAAACCAGCAUCCUUCAGUGUUUACAGAUAGAUCCUAUAUGUCAGUGGUCUCCAACAUAGUAGUAGGCUAAUAGUAGCCUAGCUACUAUUAAAUAUAUCCGUAAAUUAGCAGUUUUUAUUGAGUUUUCCCCGUUUAUUUAUGCUUUGAAUUGAUUUAUGUGACCAUGAUCUUUCUUCCAGCAACUUUUAGUUUGGAAAAGUUGACAAAAAAGUGACUUUUAUGAACAAUUUAGAUAGUUUAAAGUGAUAUAUUGUCUGGGUUGGUGUUGUAUAUUACGCUACAAUUAGGUUUAAUACUCUACAAUUGUAUUAGUACUGUUCAACAUAUUUUAGAGUAGCUCGCCAAGAUGAAAAUAUCAUAUCGGCGCAAAGUUCUCUGACAACAUCACUCGUCCUCUUUCCUAAACAGUGCAGCUCCUCAAACGCAAGACUACACUGCCCUAAUACAAAAAGUCCUAUGUGUUUUUUUUCAUGUUAAAGGCAGUUUUUCUGAUGGUGACCAGCAAAAAUGUCUAUUUUACACUGAAAAAAAUGAGUUCUGCAAAAGUGUUGCAAACAAUUUAUAUAUGUUGAAUUUAAACAAACAAAUUACAUUUAGUAAUGUUCAACUUUAUUUAAAUUCAGCCCAAAUAAAUUGUUUACAACCACUCAGCUUAAAAACAUUUAGUGAAUACAAGGAAUCAUCUUUGAAUCAUUUUUUUUAGGGUACAAACAGUUUCUAUUUCUGCGAUGCCAUGGCUGGAACUAAUUUUUGUUUAAUUAUCACACGCUUACCUUGGUAGAUUUUAAAUGCAGCUAAUCUUAACUGAACUCUACAGUACGUAUUGUGAUGCAGUUCCAAGAGACGCAGAAUAUUAAAUGAGAAUACAGUGGGCGUGGCUUGUUUUUUCUACUGUGAGCUGAUUGGAUGUAGUAAAAUAGGCGUUUCAUUCGGAAAGAUGGGGAAAAGAUAUUGGGGAGAGUUCUUACAACCUAACAGACUCCUCCUCCUCCUCACCAUUUCUGUUUGUUGUCAAAACUGACAGCUGGAGGGGCGUGGUUAAAUAUGUUAGCCACGCCUAAUACCUCAGAUAGAUGUAAUACGAGAGGUUUUUUUUGGCCUUUAUUAAGUGGAUAGGACAGUAUUUCAGACAGGAAGCAAAGUGGAAGAGAGAGAGGGGGUAGGGACAGGAAAUGUCUUUGAGCCGGGAUUCAAACUCGGGACGCCCUGAAGUGCUACUG